AUGGGUUCCUUUACUUCUAAACCCCAGAAACCUGACCAGGUCGGUGGUAAGCGAAAACGUUCAGUUGACGAUCAUACUGAUUGCCCUCCUGCCAAGAGAACUCGUCCUGCUCACAUUCCAGACGACCAACACAUCAUGUCCCCUACACAAAACGCCGCUCUACAAGCUGAAUGGAUCAUCAGGUAUCUACGAGUCACUAAAACUGACUCCCAAGACAAGACCGGAAUGGCUGAAUCUCGCUGCAAUAACCCCAGCGCUGACAUAUCCGAGCAGCUCCAGAAGCUUGGAGCUGAUGCAAAACUCACAGGCGACAAACUACAUGAGAUCAUCAAGUGCUUUGAAAAGCAUGUAGAUGUUGACAAUGAAGGGCGGAUUGCUGGUGCUGACCAUGGUUUUUGGUUUAAAAUCGCGCUUGGUUCUGUCAAGGCCGAUAUUUUCUUGAUGGCUGAUCAAAUUGACGACAUCGUAGAGCAAAACUGCUCGACUGUGACAGAAUUAGUGACCGGCGGCGAACUAACAUGUCACUGA